CUCAGGCACGGAGGGGCGCAGCGGGACGGGCCCUGCCAGAGGAGGGCUCCGCGGGAGGCCGCCCGGCCACGGGAAGGUCUGGACCAAAGGCUGCCUGCCCUCUGUGCAAAGCAAACGCUCGCUCACACUUGGACUUUCGCUCCGGAGUUGUGCUGAGCUGGCCGCAGCCUCUCCCGGCGGGGACUCGGAGGCCGUGCCGGCAAGCGCCUCGGGACCUCUCCUCCUGCAGCCAUCAUGCCCACGGUGGACGACAUUCUAGAGCACAUAGGGGAGUUCGACUUCUUCCAGAAACGAACGUUCUUCCUCCUGUCUCUGCUGUCGGCGUCCUUCGCCCCCAUCUACGUGGGCAUCGUCUUCCUGGGCUUCACCCCGGACCACCGCUGCCGCAGCCCCGGCGUGGCCGAGCUGAGCCGGCGAUGCGGCUGGAGCCUGGCCGAGGAGCUGAACUUCACGGUGCCCGGCCCCGGGCCGGCGGGCGAGGCCUUCCCGAGCCAGUGCCGCCGCUUCGAGGUGGACUGGAACCGCAGCGCCCUGGGCUGCGUGGACCCUCUGGCCGAGCUGGCCGCCAACAGGAGCCUCCUGCCGCUGGGCCCCUGCCGGCACGGCUGGGUGUACGACACCCCUGGCUCCUCCAUGGUGACCGAGUUUAACCUGGUGUGCGCCCGCUCCUGGAUGCUGGACCUGUUUCAGUCGGCCGUGAACGCGGGAUUUUUCGUGGGCGCCAUGGGCAUCGGCUACAUAGCAGACAGGUUCGGCCGAGCGCUCUGCCUCCUGGCUACCAUCCUCAUCAACGCCGUAUCUGGAGUCCUCCUGGCCGUCGCCCCGACCUACGCAUGGGCCUUAAUUUUCCGCCUGAUCCAAGGGCUGGUCAGCAAGGCGGGCUGGCUAAUAGGCUACAUCCUGAGUAAGAACGCCGGUGGUUGCAGCCAGGGGAACCCACCCAUGGUCACUGCUGCCGAAACACAGUCAGGUGGAGGUGGGGGGUGGCGGGGCAGAAAUUCGGACUCAGCCUCAAGACGGUGUUGAGAGGUAUUUUUUUCCCUGAACGAAGGAAUCUCUAAAAUCUCAUGGGUCUGCUCAUUCUGCAUCCCUCCUACAAAGACAACAACGAAGCCAGAAAUGAGGGUCAGCAAUAAGCCAUCCAGAUUCUUAUGUAACUCGAGAGGAAUUUGUGUUUUCUGCACCUGGGGGAUUUAUGGAGAGAGAAAAAUCUAGCCUGCGAGGCCCGUACAGUAAAAAAUUCAGUGAUGAGCGAUGUGCUAGAUUUAUGAGGGACUUUCAUGCUUUGCGUAAACCCACUCUAGCAAACCACAGUUAUCCACAGUGUAUGAACAGGGAAGCUGGCAAGUGCAUGGUCAGCCCAGUGCCUUGGCCGUCCGUGGGACCAGGCACGUCGUUUACGUCCCACUCAGGAGGAGCCGGACUCAGGCAGAAGCUCUGUGGGGUGCAGGAGAAUGUUUGGGCUCGAACAGCAUAGCAUCUUUAGGGCAAUCUGGAAAACAUCACCCCCACAAUCAGAUCUUGGGGAUGAAUCCCAUCAUCACUUCCCCUUCAGCUACAGUCAAACAGCAUCCACAGCCCUGGCCUAUGUAGCUCGGUUGGUUGGGCGUCAUCCCACCCUCCAAAAGGUCACCC